AUGAUCCAGAAUGCCGUCAUGAUCCGACACUACGAUGAGUUGACGUAUGUUUAUAGUAUCUUUAGUGAUGUUAUAUCUGUAAAAUAUAGCUUACUCUAUAUUACGAACUACUUUAUUACUCUAUCAUUGUCUACUUAUGAAUAUUGUAACAAAUUUUAGAUUCCAAUUCCACAUUGAAGAAUAUCCCAAAAACCCUGAUAAAGGCCAAUACUACAGCCCUGCAUCGUAUGAAAACUGUGCCAAAAUGUUAUUGUCGUCAGCCUACAAAAUCUCAAUCAAUAACACUGCCUUCAAGCACGAGCCUGAUAGCUACUUUGACAACAUCACAGAAUAUGGCAAGUACGAUGACUUCUCCAACACAAUGAUGGGAUUCGAGAAGUCUACAAACUCAGAAGACCAGCAGCUCAGAUUUUUGCUGAAGGCAUUUUACACGGAAGAGCCAAGAGUAGAUUUCUGUGGACCAACAUAUUCAUUAAAUAUAACUGUUUCAGGACAGAGGCGAAUGUUCGAUCAUAAACUUGUACCAAAUCAGAAGUAACACGCUUGUGUACAUCGAAUUUGAGACUAAUCAUUGCCCUACACACAUUAAAAAUCAGCAACCUUCAAAUGCUUUCUCCUUAAAGAACAUGGCGGAGAGCUUAAAUGAAAAAAACAGAGCUCUGACUGAGCAUUUCAACAUGCUCUCCAAUGUAAGUCAUACUGUAUUUUUCAUUCAUUAGGUUGGUUUUGAAAUUUCUUUAAAGGUUUUUUUUUAAAAGUUUUUGAUUAAUUAUUAAGAUUAUUUUUGUCAAGAUUCAUAAACUGAAGCUAAAAAACCACGAUUACAGUCGUAUCAUGCCAUGGCAAUAGGACUGAUCAUGCUGUAUUACUCCUUACUGCUGGCCUGUACCAUUACUAUUGUUGCUUUCUUUGUUUGGUACUGUUACAGCCAAAAGGAACUUUAUCAACAUCAACAAUGUACAGAACUAGAACAAGCAAACGUGGACGCAACUUUCGAGCAUUGGAGUAAGUUUAGAAAUUUCAAUUUUGUAAGUAGCAAUAUGCUGAUGAACUUUACUUUUUUAUAUUUUACACGGUAGAACAUUGACUUCCUCUUUUCAGGAGCUCAGAAGACAAACGCCCAAGUAGAAGACAGUAAGAACCAACAGAAGCCAUCAAAGAGGUCGCUGAAAAAGCUUAGUAACACAUCUGCCACGGAUUCCAAACAGUCGAACACAAGUACGUCAAAACAAUCGGACAGUAGUCAACAAUUGUAG